AUGAGGCGGUCUGGUGCAGCACAUUCAGUUGCUUGGAAUCAUCAAAACCGAAGGAUUCAGCUGGGUUCCAGAAACCUUCGAUCGUAUACAAGGAGAUUCUCAGAAAAUAACUACUUUGACCACAAACGUAUUUCACCGCGUUUCGUCGUUAAAAGUUAUCUUGGUUGCUUUUUCAUAAAGGAAAUUACUCACAAGGUUACUGGAAACUCCUCGACAGCCCACGACUGGUUUCGCUGUUCUUGGGACUCAUCAGGUACGUGCAGUCCACGACUUUCCGCCAACCUUAUGUUCUAA